AUGAUCAUUAUUUUUUUACUCGGUUUUCUAACUGUUAUCAAUGCGAAAGUAGUUACGGUGAAAGCGCAAGGAAUAUUUGCGUGUAACAAUGAGAAUAGCAAGGAGCCAUUGCACAUCGAGUUGAUGGAACACGACGAGAUAGGAGAAGACGACUUGCUUGCAUGGGCGAAUGUGGUGGGCCAUCCCUACUACUGGGAUAUCCAAGGGAAAGAGGACGAGAUAAUCAGCAUUCGACCCUACCUCGUCAUUAAGCAUAUGUGCAAGGGUGUACGUCUCUUUUAUGUGAAAUUCCAAAGAAUAUUGUUGCAGAUUAAAGAACGGGCUGUCAUUGAAAUCGAGCGUAUUGGACGAGAUGUUUCUAUCGACUUCGGAUACCAGGAUCUUGAGGAUCCACAUUUUUCUGAAAACAUGAAGCAAAUGAUCAAGGAGCAGGUCAAGAAACGGAUUUGA